UUUUUUCAGUUCAAUGAACUUUUCCACACGUUAGUUGUUCCUCCAGUUAAUCCUAUGGGUGGCAGUGAUCGGGUUCCUGGGCCUGGUGCUGGAAUGUAUCCUACCAGGGGUGAUGUUGGUGGUGGUAGCAUGCUUCUAGGACCAAAUGAUCCUCGUUGGUUGGGUGGAGUUGGUGGAGAGCCUGGUUUCACUGGAGCACAACCGGGUGUUCCUCCUGGUGCACGUUUUGAUCCAUUUGGCCCCCCUGGUGUUCCUGGUUUUGAGCCCAAUCGAUUUGUCAGGUGCAUCAAAGCUUGAUGUGUCGCAAUUACAGUUUGGACCCAUGGGGUUGAUUCUGAUGUACUUAUCAUUCCAGCAAUAUCAGCUCAAGUACCUACCUUGGAAACUACUUAAUAAUCUUUCCCAGUUUUUGUUCUUUCUUUGUGUUUGGAAACAGUAGCAUUUCAUGGGUCUCUCUAUUACUAAAAGUUCACUCGCUAAUCCGCAAACUUAUUAAGGUACUUUUGGUCAGAUGUUCACUGGAAUUAUAUGGAUCUUCUUCUUGGUUCUGCAUUAAAUCUGUUCUUCUUUGCCAAUAAUAACUUAAUUGCCAAGACCUUUAAGAUCUGAACAAAACCUUCACAAGUUCUCUUUGAGUAUCAGUCGUCCGGAGUGUUAGACCUAGCUUGGAUUUGUCUUCCAUUACUACUAGUGAACUGAUCUUUAACGGUAUUUUGUCACCUUGGUCCAGUUUGAAGUAUUUGGCCAAUUACUUGAUUGCUAGAAUCAAAUUCUAAGAUAUACCUGUAAAAGUAAAGUAAUUUAAUGUCUAAAACUUUGUUUCUAGAUGAUCAAAUAAUAUAGUUCUGUCGUGAAUUCUAUGAUCUAACCAAUGCAAUGAAUAGACUCCAUGCUCAAGCUGCUUUCCUUUUAUUAUUUUUCUUUAUGUUUGAUCGAUCAAUUAAUAUCCCAUCCUACGACUCUCCUUCUCUCUUUCACCAUUACAAGAAGCCAAGAUACACGGGCAAAAAACAGAAAAUAAGUAUAAAUGGCGUGUGAGUUACUUAUGUAUGACUCAUGAUAUUCCCUUUUUUUCUUUGCAUCUUUUUCUUGACUUUAUCCUUAACAAGGUACAUAGGAAGAUACAUAGCGGUUUAAUCUAUCUCUUGUUAUGUUGGAGGUAGUUAUAGUAGUCAGACGCUGCAGACAGCUGGCCGUUAUUUGUUUCUCCAGCCAAGCAAAUAUAGCUAUGUGGUCUUCCUUCUUCACUGUAAAAGGAGGUGAUGAGACUUGCUCUUUUUUUCUGUAAAGGAUAUCUGCUUAAGUGACUUUGAUAUGUUAUGAUGAAUUACAAACUUCUGGUAGACUAUCUGUUAUUGAUGGCUGAACUCUGCUUUUUGUCAUCAUUUUGCCUAUAACAAGAGGAUGGAAUUUGGUUAUUAUGAGCUUUUUGGUAACUGUUUUACCUAAUUUUGAAUUUGGAAGAAAACUUGUGACUAUGGGAUGCUUCAUGAUAAAGUAAAAGCUUCCUCCA